AUGGAGGCGACAAGGGACGGCAAGAUCCGGGAUGGCCGGAUAGCGCUGUCCACAGCUCUUUGGGACACUAGCUUAGAAAUGCCCGGUCGUCAGGAUGCUACUGAAGUCGAUGCACGGGAUGCCAACACGCCGGACAAGUGGGUUAAGCGUCAUCCGGACAUGCUGCGCAACACUGGUAUGCAUCCUUUCAACUCGGAGCCACCUCUCAAGAACUUGCAGGCAGCGGGUUGGAUUACACCCCCUGCUUUGUAUGUGGUUCGAAACCAUGGAGCAGUGCCACAGCUUUCCUGGUCCGAGCAUCGGCUGAAGAUCACAGGAGUCCCAAAGCCGGUGGAGCUAAGCAUGGAGCAAAUCACGUCUGGUGAAUGGGGCACCAUUGUGUCGAUCCCAGUGACCUUUAUCUGUGCCGGAAAUCGGCGCAAGGAGCAGAACCUCACCAAGAAGACGGUCGGAUUCGAUUGGGGAGCCGGUGCCGUUGGAAACUCCGUGUGGACAGGAAUCCGCCUGUGCGACUUGUUGGCCGCGGUUGGCAUUACACGGCCUUCGAAAGAGCAUCGCUUCGUCCAUUUCGAAGGUCCUCUGGGCGAGUUGCCCCAAGGGAAAACGGGAUCCUAUGGCACUUCCAUUGAUUUGGGCUGGGCGCUGGACAGGGAGCGAGAUGUGCUGCUGGCUUUCAAGCAGAACGGAGAGCAACUUACCCCGGACCAUGGCUUUCCUCUGCGAACGCUGUUGCCGGGUUGCAUCGGUGGCCGGAUGAUCAAAUGGCUCUCUAGCAUGUGGGUCUCAGACAAGCCUUCCGAGAACCAUUACCAUUACUUCGACAACCGCGUGCUUCCUCCUCAUGUUGAUGCCGAUCUUGCUUACGCAGAGGGAUGGUGGUACAAGCCUGAGUACAUCAUCAACCACAUGAACAUCAACUCGGCCAUGUUCGUCUCCGGAUACGGCUACACUGGUGGAGGUCACAAGAUCAUCCGAGCAGAGAUCUCUUUGGAUUCGGGCAAGUCUUGGGAGAUCACUGAGCUCCAAAGGCCAGAAGAUGAGAUCGCAGAAGCACGAGGAACUGACAAGCACUGGUGCUGGGCUUGGUGGGAAACGGAGGUUGACAUGAGUCGUCUCUUGGAUAGUGCCUGCGAAGAGAUUUGCUGCCGCGCUUGGGAUUCCAACCAGAAUUGUCAGCCUGUGCAACUCACUUGGACAGUUAUGGGCAUGUUGAACAACCCCAUUUAUCGCAUCAAGAUCCAUCGGGAGGGCAGCAGGAUGUGGUUCGAGCACCCAACUCAGGGCUCCAUGCCAGGCGGCUGGAUGACUGAUCAAGCAGGUCAGUUCAACGAAAGCUUUGCAGUGGAGGCAACACCGGGGAAGACUGGCGUGGCUCCCUUGCGGCCAGUGGCUGCAGUGUGGAAGGGUGCCAAGAUAGACUCCGUGAGUGCUGCGGGUGCCAGUUCUGCCAGCCAAGCUGCGGCAGUCAGGCCUACCAAGGCAGGCAAGCUGGUGCAGUCUACAGAGGAGUGGCUUGCAGGAAUCAGUAUGGAGGAAGUUAAGAAGCAUGACAACGAAAAGAGCUGCUGGUUCGUCGUGAAGGGCAACGUCUAUGAUGGCACGCCUUAUCUGCAAGACCACCCUGGGGGAGCUUCCUCCAUCCUCCUUGCCGGUGGUCUCGAGACCACCGAGGACUUUGAAGCAGUGCAUUCCUCGCGCGCUUGGGAGAUGCUGAAGGACUACUACAUUGGCCCAUUGAAG